AUGGCAAGCUACGCUUGUCAAAGUGGUGGCACGGGGAAGGGCUCUAGUGGAAGCAUAGGUGCAGAGGACGACGUCGGUGGAGGCUUGGGAGUGAUGGGCGACGCCAAUAAAGGCUUGGGCAUGCUUGUUCUCCGAAUAGACGCCGAAGAGGCUAGGUGGGGCGAUGCCCAUCAUGUACUGGGUGGCGCCAGUGUCAUGGCAAGCUACGCUUGUCAAAGUGGUGGCACGGGGAAGGGCUCUAGUGGAAGCAUAGGCGCAGAGGACGACGCCGGUGGAGGCUUGGGAGUGAUGGGCGACGCCAAUAAAGGCUUGGGCAUGCUUGUUCUCCAANAGUACGGGUUCCUGAGUGGAUGGUGGUACGCCGAAGAGGCUAGGUGGGGCGAUGCCCAUCACGUACUGGGUGGCGCCAGCGUCAUGGCAAGCUACGCUUGUCAAAGUGGUGGCACGGGGAAGGGCUCUAGUGGAAGCAUAGGUGCAGAGGACGACGUCGGUGGAGGCUUGGGAGUGAUGGGCGACGCCAAUAAAGGCUUGGGCAUGCUUGUUCUCCAAAUAGGUAAGAUGUUCUUCAAAACAAAUUUCCUAGGACUAAGCUUCUACUCCAUGGACUAA